AUGUUUUCCAACAGGCUAGCGCAGCAGUCGCUGAGACGACUUGCGACAGAACAUCCAUCUGCCUUCAGAACUCGGUAUCCAGCUCGCGAGACCGGCUGCCAUUGCACUGGAAACUAUGCUCAGUCAGGCAGUACUUGCAUUGAUAUGCUGGUCGUCCCCUCUCGGGUGCUGGGAGCUGUCUUGGUGUGGAAUUCUAGCAGCGAGCAGCUCCGACAUUUAAUCAACACCACGUCCUCCGCAGCCUCCUCAGAAACUACUGAGCCAACCAGCUUACUCGCCAAACAGCGUCUUAACCGCCCCGUCUCUCCACAUCUCACCAUAUACCAACCCCAGAUAACCUGGUACCUGUCCAGUCUCAACCGUAUCACUGGUGCCAUGCUCUCCGGCAGUCUCUACCUCUUCGCCAGCGCCUAUCUCAUCUCUCCGCUACUCGGAUGGCACCUUGAGUCCGCCUCUCUGGCCGCUGCCUUUGCCGCCCUGCCUAUUGCUGCCAAGAUUGGCAUGAAGUUCACCAUGGCCCUGCCCUUCACUUUCCAUUGCUUCAAUGGUGUGAGACAUCUUGUUUGGGAUUUGGGAAAGCAGUUGACUAACAAGCAAGUUAUUACCACCGGAUGGACUGUUGUUGGCUUGACUCUUAGCAGUGCUCUUGCCUUGGCUAUGUGGUAA